CCACGUGUGCGGUAUUGCAGGAAGCUCCGCCCUUUCCGCUCUGGUUGUUCGGAAUUCAGACGCACGUUGCCAGCGCAUUGCUUUCCCUCCGUUCUUAGUGUUCCUCCGUGAAGCUUCCGGGCCGAGGGGACCAGGAGAGACCGUAGCUGAGACGAACCAUGACCGAGUCCGAGGUGAAUCCCAAGGCCUACCCGCUGGCUGAUGCCCAGCUGACCAGAACGAUCCUGGACCUGGUGCAGCAGGCCUCCAAUUACAAGCAGCUCCGCAAAGGGGCAAAUGAAGCAACAAAAACCCUAAACAGAGGGAUUUCCGAGUUCAUUGCUAUGGCCGCCGAUGCAGAACCUUUAGAAAUUAUUCUUCACCUCCCCCUUUUAUGUGAAGAUAAGAAUGUCCCUUACGUCUUUGUUCGAUCCAAGCAGGCUUUGGGAAGAGCCUGUGGGGUCUCCAGACCAGUCAUUGCUUGCGCAGUCACCAUCAAGGAAGGGUCUCAACUGAAGCCCCAGAUCCAGUCGGUCCAGCAAGCCAUUGAGAGACUACUAGUGUAAAUCACACUUUGAGUUUGUGGCGGAAGCCUAGAUGUCAGUUUAAUUUGCAAUUGUACAGUUUAUGUAACAAGAGUUAGUCACCUAGCCUUGGAUGUUUUUAACAGAUCUUCAUAUGUGGAUUUCGUGACUGAACCACAAGGUAGUACUCUAACCAACUAUACCUAUAUUGGGGAAUUGUUCAGUUUUUGCAAACCUAUUUUUUUUAACCAGAAAGAAUCAGUUUUGUUUCAUUUUUAUUUUUUUUCUUUGACUUGUAUAUGUUUUUUUUAAUUAAACAUACAUGUAAAAUUCUUUGUUUUUUUUUUAUAUAUUAAGAACCUUGCAAUACAUGUUCGGUUUAAGGAGAACGUGUCUUCAGAAAAUGAUCUAUUGUUUCAAUCAUGUUUUUGCUAUAUAUAUUUUUAAUCUUUCAUUUCAACAUCUACAUGUAAACGAAAAUCGAGCAGUUUUUGCACUGGAUACGAAACCUAAUAUUGGGCACCACUUCUGGGUCUGUUCAGAUCACUUUACUGCCGUUUUAUGUACUGUUCUAAUCCUGCCUAUAAUGAGGGAAGAUCACCUCUGUGUAGAUUCUCCACAGUAAAUAAUUGUUAAAGCUUA